UCUAAGAAGUGGUUCGCCGACGGGACGUUCAAGGUUGCGCCUGAGUUGUUUUACCAGGUUUACAGUCUACACUGCGAAGUGGGCGGCUCCAUCCUGCCUGCGGCAUACAUUUUGCUAACGCGGAAAGACUGUGGGACGUACACGCGAGCCCUGAACACCCUUAACGCCGAGUGUGGGGGAGAUUGCGAGCCAAGGACCGUCACAGUGGAUUACGAACUGGCGGCUAUCAACGCUUUCAGGGCGGUCUUCCCAAGCGCCGACGUGCGCGGGUGUUUUUUUCACCUGUCGCAAUGUGUCUACCGCAGACUUCAGUCGGAAGGACUACAGGAGCUGUAUGCUUUUGACCCCGACAUAAACCUGGAAGCUCGCAUGAUCCCAGCUCUUGCAAUUGUGCCCCAGGACGACGUGGAGGGGGCAUUCACCGAGCUUGCGUCCACCAUCCGCGCAGAACUUCUCCCGGUGGUCGACUACUUCGAGGAUGUGUUUAUUGGGCGGCUAACGGCACGGGGCAGAAGAGAUGCGCAGUUUCCAAUUAAGCUAUGGAACCACCACGACACCGUUCUCCAGGGCGGCUCCAAGACCACGAACUCAGUGGAAGCCUGGCACCGGAGCUUCCAAGCUCAUGUUCAGUGCUCGCACCCAACUCUCUGGAGAUUCUUGGAGGUGCUACAACGAGAAGACGCCCUGCAACUUCACCGGCUUGGAAGACUCGAGAUGGGCCAGCGCUUCAAGCAGGCCUCGAAAUAUGCGAAGGCUGCUGAACGGUUAAAGACACUUGCUAGAGAAUACGACGCUAGUGAUGUGCGACGCUUCCUUAGGAGAGUUGCCCGCAACGUGUCGUUCUAG